UUUCUAAAUGUUGUUUCCUUGAAAUAACCAAUAUGUCGGUUCUUGAAGGCUCAUAGCUGUCAAAUUCACGUAAACAUUCAGCUAGUUUUAUUGUAAACGUAUACAGUGAAAAUGUAAUUCGCUGAGAAUAGAAAAGUAUGGCCCAAGGUGUUUUAAGUUCAGACAUUUCGAGGAGAAAUCCUCAAGAUGAGUACGAACUAAUUCAAAGGAUAGGGAGUGGAACUUAUGGUGAUGUCUACAAAGCGAAGCGGCUAUCAACAAAUGAAUUAGCUGCUAUUAAAGUAAUAAAAUUAGAGCCAGGAGAUGACUUUGGAAUUAUACAGCAGGAAAUUCUUAUGAUGAGAGACUGUCGGCAUCCCAACAUUAUAGCUUAUUAUGGUAGUUAUUUACGUAGAGAUAAGUUGUGGAUAUGUAUGGAAUAUUGUGGAGGUGGUUCUUUACAAGAUAUAUAUCAUAUUACUGGUCCUUUGCUUGAACAACAAAUUGCAUAUAUGUGCAGAGAAACUUUAUUAGGCCUUUCUUACUUGCACCAUAUGGGCAAAAUGCAUAGGGAUAUUAAGGGUGCCAACAUUUUGCUCACAGAAAGUGGUGAUGUGAAGUUGGCAGAUUUUGGUGUUUCAGCUCAGAUUACUGCCACUAUUAAUAAACGUAAAUCAUUCAUCGGAACGCCAUAUUGGAUGGCCCCGGAAGUAGCAGCUGUGGAACGCAAAGGUGGAUAUAAUCAACUAUGUGACAUUUGGGCAAUAGGGAUUACUGCAAUUGAACUAGCAGAACUUCAGCCUCCAAUGUUUGACUUACAUCCAAUGAGGGCUUUAUUUUUAAUGUCAAAAAGUGGUUUUAAACCUCCUACUCUUAAAGAUAAAGAAAAAUGGAGUCCAACAUUUCAUAACUUUGUCAAAGUUGCUUUGACAAAAAAUCCCAAAAAAAGACCAACUGCUGAGAAGUUGCUUCAGCAUGCUUUUUUUCAAGGUGAUAUGCAUAGAAGACUGGCUUUAGAAUUGUUACAGAAAGUUAAUAAUCCUUCACAUAUGUUUACGGAGGAACCUGAUGAUGAAGGGGCAAUUCCAAAUGUUCCUCAACGCAUUGCGUCACGACUUACAUCGCGUCCGAAACCACAAAGUGCAAUACAUGUAUCUGGUGACAUUGAAAAUAUUGAUGAAUCAAAUAAUACUCUUCAGAGAACUGGGGCGACCAAUGCUUUGUCACGUGAUAAACAAUCGUGGGACGUUACAGACAUCAUGAAUAACGUUACAACAGUUCACAACUGUGUGGAACAUCAAAACAAGAAAUGUGGUAUAGGGACAGCUUUUGACUCACUUAAUCGAGAAAACUCUAAUCGGCGAGUCAUGACUGGUUCGCAAAUUUUGAACAUGUCUUUGAGGAGUCUCUUGCAGUACAUUGAUGAAGAAUUAAUGAUGAGGGGAGCCUACAAGUUUCAACCAUCGGAUUCGUACACUCAGCAGGCUACGCUUCCAGUGCAAGAUUCGGAUGUUAAUGUAAAAUGUGAUGUUCACCACAUUUCUAGUCCUACAAACGAGUCUUUAGUGAAUAGCUCACCAAGAAGACAUUCCUCAGUAGAUGAAUUAUUUUCUCCAAUUAAUGCAAUGAAUAUUAAUGGUCAACGACAAAGAUCCCUUAGUGAUAGUGGUCGCACUGACCGAAGUGUGAAUGGUACUGAGACUGAAACAAAUAAUCAUGAUUCGAACGCACCUGAUCUGGUGGCUUGCCCUCCAGUACCUCCGAGGAAACAUCGACGAAGACACACUCCACCUAGACCACCAAGUAAUGGGUUACCUCCUACUCCCAAAGUCCACAUGGGUGCUUGCUUUUCAAAGGUAUUUAAUGGCUGUCCUCUGCGGAUUCAUUGUACAGUUUCCUGGAUUCAUCCUGAAACCAGAGAUCAACAUCUGCUAAUAGGCGCAGAAGAAGGCGUUUAUAAUCUUAACUUGAACGAAUUACACGAAACGUGCAUUGAUCAAUUAUACAACAGGCGAACUGUGUGGAUGUAUGUAAUCAAAGAUGUACUCAUGUCACUAUCAGGCAAAACUCCACAUUUGUAUAGGCAUGAUUUGUUAGCUCUUUUAAGUAAACAAUCGCACAGGUUCAGUUUACAUAUGAAUCGAAUCCAUGAGCGACUUGUUCCGAGAAAGUUUGCUUUAACUACACGAGUACCUGACACAAGAGGAACACAAAAAUGUUGUGUAGCUAGAAAUCCUUAUAAUGGAUACAAAUAUCUCUGUGGUGCCUCAGCUACUGGUAUUUUUCUCAUGCAAUGGUAUGACCCACUUAACAAAUUUAUGCUGUUGAAGCAUGUCGAAUGUGUUCUUCCUAAUCCAUUAAAUGUAUUUGAGAUGAUCAUUACUCCUGAGUUAGAGUAUCCUAUGGUGUGUGUUUCGAUAAAACAGGCGUAUCAACCAAAUAGAUUCAAAUUGGAUCUCAUAAAUAUGAAUUCAGGUGCAAGUUGGUUUCACUCUGAUGAACUUCAAGAUAUGGAUGGAACUGCUACAGUAAUACCGAAACGAGAAAACUUAAACAUAGUCAAUGUUACUCAAUUAGAUAAAGAUUCUAUUUUAGUUUGUUACGAUAACAUGAUUAAAAUUAUUACACCGCAAGGAAUGCUUAAAGUUAGUAAGAAACAGUUGGCAGAAUUAAAGUUUCAUUUCAAUAUUGAAAACAUAAUUAGUCUUCCAGACAGUGUUUUAGCUUUCCAUAAACAUGGAAUGCAAGGAAGAUCUUUCAAAAAUGGAGAAAUUACGCAAGAAAUAACAGACACGUCAAGAACAUAUAAGCUCUUGGGCGCUGAUAAGGUGGUAAUGCUUGAAAGUAAUUUGAUACGUACAGGAACAUUAACAAAUGAAGAAGGUCAUGAUUUGUACAUACUAGCAGGACAUGAAGCCAGUUACUAAUAAAAAAAAUGGAGAAAGCUCACAAUUCUUGAAAUUUUUGCUUCGCUUAGAUAUUUAACUUAACUUAUUGGUAGAAUAGACUAUGGUUAAGUAAACAAAUGACAUACAGAAAUCGUGAUGUUUUAGAAUAAAAGAAUUUAUUAACUUGACAUACCUCAAACAUAUUUCUCUAGAUACCUAGGAAAAUAACGAUCUGUGCAUGGUGUUUAAAGUAUUUUAGAUACCAGAGUUUAGGAGAUUUAUAUAAAAUACAUUCUAUUUUUAUGAAUUAACAUAUUGUAAGAAAAUCAAAAUCUAUAUUUGUAAACUUACGUAAUUUUAUUUAAAGAAAUUAUGCUGAGCUCCAAACUUAGUACAUAUUUAUGUUAUACAUACAUGUGUUAUAAAAAUGUUUUUAAAACGAAUGCAGGUAGUUAUUUUAUUUGUUAAUGCAGGACGUAAUCAUGGCACACUUUUAAGAUUGGUGAAUUGGUUUUGUGGCGUUCUUUGAGAAGUUUUCAAAUAUGAACAAUUCUAGAAAAAUAGUGUUUGGCACAUAAUAACACCAACGUACGUAUAUGGAAUGUUUUAAAGAUCUUAAUGUUUUGUCGUACUAACAAAGUAUUAACUCCUCCAUGAUUACCAUGAAAGCAGAAAAAUUGUAAUCAAUAGCUGCAUGUUGUAAUAAUUUAUAAUCAUAUACAUUUUUACUAAAUGAAAUUUUAUUUGAGUUAAUCGAUUUUACAUAGAUAUUUCUAUUAAAUACGUGAGUUCUCCGUAAGAACUUGAUAUAAAAUAUAGGGAUCAUCACGAUGAUAUAGGUUUUGAGGACUACAUAUUUUAAUGUUGUGUUAAAUUCCCAAUCUUGAAAAUAAAUUUGUAUUAAUUAAUUUAAAGUCUUAACAAUGGUCUGUAAAUCUUACAUGCAACCUCUAAUGGCUCUACUUCAGACAAUAGCUGCAUUUUAUUGUUUUCAGCUUUUAUGGUAAUAAAACAAUAUUGCAGAUGUUUUCAUAUUUAAACAUGUUUAAGCUUUUGCAAAGAUUAACACUGUUUGUGUUUUAACAAAGAAAUACUUCCCACAAAAUAUAAUUUGUACAAUUGACUUUUUUCACGCAUCUGCAGCAAAUUAUUAUCACAAGAAAAUCAAACAAAAACGCUACUAUUUAUAGUUAUAGACUAGUUUUGUAUUAUCUUCGUCGAUGUAGAUGGUUCACAAAUUAUGAUAUUGCAAAACUAGGUCUAAUGUCUGUAGAUUUCUGUAUUAAAGUAACAUGUAUAGUCAACAGCAUGUUUUGGCUGUGUUUAUUAUUAUCAUUUCAAAUACAACUACUUAUGUAAUUAUGGAUGUUAUAUUGUACAUAGUGUAAAUUCUUAAAUAUGUGAGAAUAUACCAAAAAUUAUUUAUUAAGUUCGAUGGUUUCAUCGUAUUUAUUUUAAUGACCAAAAGUUCUACAUGCGUUUUUUAUAUCAAUUGAAAUACAACUUAUUAUGAUGUAUUUUUGAUUACUUGCGGUCACGUUGUUGAAAGAUAUUAUUUGUUGUAUUAGCAGGAACAAUAAUUGUUAAUGUAAGUAAUUAUGUUAUACAAAUACAGCGUCUUUAUCUGACUUGGUCUUGUAUACAGUUUCAUUUUGUAACAUUUCUGUCUUUUGUAAAUAAAAGUGGU